CGAUCUUUACUGAGAACUGGGAACAUCUUUCUCUGGGCAUAGUCCACGUGGUCUUAUAAAAACAAGAGAAGAUGUCUAGUUUACUAUCAAGAGCUUAUUCUCACUUACACAGAACACCCAUCACACACAAGACUCCAUUCCUCACAUUACGGACCUGUUUCUAUCUGUCACUCUCUCCAAAGAGACCUGUUCUACUGAGUAAGAGAUGCUACAGUACUGUACUGCGUCGUCCACCAACAACCGGUCAGGGCAGAUGGUACUCAGGGGGUGGAGCUUCAAGUGGGGGUGGUGGUCGCAAGGGAUUCUUCCGAAAUUUUAUCGAAAAUAUUCGCAAAGGUGUCAACCAAAAUCGUGAGAUGCAGGAGAGCUUGAAAGGUUUCCAUGAGGAAAGAGACAAGUUGCAGAAGUCUCACGUUAUGCAGCAAGCCAAAGAGAAAGCUGCAGAGGCAACAACUAAAGUGUUUGAAUACGGGGCAAAAGGUUUGGAGAUAACUAAGCAAGGAUACUCACAAGUUAUAGAGAACACAGCCAAGGCUGUCAAAACGGCAGCUGAAACAGAGGUAGGAAAGAAAGGGAAAGACAUUGGAUCACAGUUAGCCGAGGGUGCUCAGAAGACAGCUACCAUAGUGGGCCAACAAGCGGAGGAGCUUGCAAAGACUGAUGUGGGGCAGUCCGUACAAAAGGGUGCAGAGAUUGUCAAGGAAGACUUGAUUGAUGACAUCCUCAAAGAGUCUGCCCCGUACCAAGCUCCAGACAAAAUCCAGACAAGAUCAGAGAUGGCGUCAGACUAUGCUGGCUCCAACACACAGGAACAAACCACCAUAUCACCAAACGAGCAAGUGAAAGAAGUGACUCUAACAAGACACUCGAAAUGGAAGGAAGGAUGGGAUAAACUGAGAGAGAACAACCCGGUCUCAAAUGCUAUGUAUAAUUUCAAGAUGAAGUAUGAUGAGAGUGACAAUCUUGUGAUACGAGCCUCGAGAGCCGUCACUGAUCGCCUAGGAGACGCAUUUGGGGGUGUGGUCACUCAAUCAGACAUGGCCGAAGCUUUGGCAGAGAUCUACAAAAUCGACCCCAGUUUUACUCGUGAGGACUUUAUGAAACAGUGUCAGUUUGAGAUUAUACCCACUGUGCUGGAGGCCUUCCUCCGAGGCGACAGUGGGGUCCUGAAAGACUGGUGUUACGAGCCAGCCUUCAAUGUCCUCUCAGUCAUUGUCAAGCAGAGAGACGAACCCGGAGUGAAGACUGAGUCGAAGGUGCUGGAAGUCAGAGAUGUGGACAUUGCAAUGGCCAAGAUGCUCGAGCAAGGCCCAGUGAUGGUGCUCACGUUUCAAGCACAGCAGCUGACCAGGAAGUUAACUGCCGAGGGAGAUAUUGAAGAUGAUCUCCUUGAGAAUGUGUUCUAUGUGUGGGCGUUGUGUAGAGACCAGAGUGUGUAUGACCCCAGAACAGCAUGGAGAGUGCUAGAGUUUGCUAUUCAAUCAUCCACUAGAAUGCUUAUGUAGGCAGCUGUUAUAAUUAUAUAUCGGUUGCGUGUAUAUAAUUUUUGUUAACAGCAAUUGUCAAUUAAUUUAAAUUUAUGUUUCACUGAA